UAACAGCUCCACCACUUGUCAUCAUGGCCAGCCCCACGGAUAAUAACGAGGGCUUUUUCUCAGAUGUCAGAAAGGUGGGUUACUUGCGCAAACCCAAGAGCAUGCAUAAACGAUUUUUUGUGCUGAGGGCAGCCAGUGAGUCUGGACCCGCCCGGCUGGAGUAUUACGAGAAUGAGAAGAAAUGGAGACACAAGUCGGGGGCCCCCAAGCGCUCCAUCCCACUAGAAAGCUGCUUCAACAUCAACAAACGGGCUGACUCCAAGAACAAGCACCUGGUGGCCCUCUACACUAAGGACGAGCACUUUGCCAUUGCAGCUGACAGUGAACCUGAGCAGGAGAGCUGGUACCAAGCGCUGCUGCAGUUGCACAACAGGGCCAAGGGCCACCACCACCUCCAUCACCACCACCACCACCACCACAGUGAUGUCACUUUUGGAGGCAGCAGCACAGGACUGGGGGAAGCAGGUGAGGACAGCUAUGGUGAGGUAGCCCCUGGUCCAGCUUUUAAGGAAGUUUGGCAAGUAAUUCUGAAGCCUAAGGGCCUAGGCCAGACAAAGAACCUGAUUGGCAUCUACCGCCUGUGCCUGACUAACAAGACCAUCAGCUUUGUAAAGCUGAAUUCAGAUGCGGCUGCUGUGGUGCUGCAGCUGCUCAAUAUCCGCCGCUGUGGUCACUCUGAGAACUUCUUCUUCAUUGAGGUGGGACGCUCAGCUGUCACUGGACCCGGUGAGUUCUGGAUGCAAGUGGAUGACUCAGUGGUGGCACAGAACAUGCAUGAAACUAUCCUGGAGGCCAUGCGAGCCAUGAGUGAGGAAUUCCGGCCCCGCAGCAAGAGCCAGUCCUCCUCAAACUGUUCCAACCCGAUCUCUGUGCCCCUUCGCAGGCACCACGUCAACAACCCUCCACCAAGCCAAGUGGGGCUCAGCCGGCGGUCCAGGACUGAGAGUGUUACAGCCACCUCUCCUGCUGGUGGUGGAGGUACAGGUGGCAAACCCAGCUCUUUCCGGGUUCGAGCAUCGAGUGAUGGGGAAGGCACAAUGUCAAGACCUGCCUCUGUGGAUGGUAGCCCAGUUAGUCCCAGUGCUAACCGGACUCAUUCACACAGACACCGUGGCAACUCCAGGCUCCAUCCUCCACUCAACCACAGCCGCUCCAUCCCAAUGCCUUCCUCACGCUGCUCUCCUUCAGCCACCAGUCCAGUCAGCCUGUCAUCAAGCAGCACUAGUGGCCACGGCUCCACUUCAGACUGCUUGUUUCCACGAAGGUCUAGUGCAUCGGUUUCUGGCUCCCCUAGCGAUGGUGGAUUUAUUUCUUCUGAUGAGUAUGGUUCAAGCCCGUGUGACUUUCGCAGCUCUUUUCGCAGCGUAACCCCUGAUUCAUUGGGACACACCCCCCCCGCCCGGGGUGAUGAAGACCUCAACUACAUCUGCAUGGGAGGGAAGGCCACCUCUUCCUGCUGCAGCCUGGCAGCUCCCAAUGGCCAUUUCAUCCCACGCACCUGCCAUCCUCAGCAGCAGCCCCGUUAUCCUAGUACACCCUGCUGUCCUCGAGGUGGUAGUGAGGAUGUUGCUGACUUGGAGAAGGCAUUCAGAAAGCGGACUCACUCUGCAGGCACUUCGCCCACCAUCUCCCACCAGAAGACACCCUCACAGUCUUCGGUGGCUUCUAUUGAGGAGUACACGGAGAUGCUGCCUUCUUACCCCUGUGGCAGCAGCAGGCUGCCCUCCUACCGCCACUCAGCCUUUGUGCCCACUCACUCCUACCCAGAGGAGUGCCUGGAGAUGCACCACAUGGACAGUGGCCAUCAUCGGACCAACUCCGCCCCGCACACGGAUGAUGGCUACAUGCCCAUGUCACCUGGUGUCGCCCCUGUGCCCAGCGGUGGGGGGCCCCCUAAGGGUGGUGACUAUAUGCCCAUGAGUCCUAAGAGUGUGUCAGCCCCACAGCAGAUCAUCAACCCUGGCAGGGGUGGCCGCCACCCUCCAGCCACAGUGGACUCUAAUGGCUACAUGAUGAUGUCCCCCAGUGGCAGCUACUCCCCCGACAGCAGCUCUGCGGGCUACGGCAAGAUCUGGACAAAUGGUGCCGGCCACCACCCGAAACUCUCGGUGGAGAGCAACGAAGGGAAGCUCCCCUGCGGCGGCAGCGACUAUAUCAACAUGUCCCCAGCCAGCGGCUCCACCACCAGCACGCCGCCCGACUGCUACUUCGGGGCUGCGGGACAGCCGGGGGGCGAGGAGGCGGCCACCGUAGCGCACCACAAACCCAUCUACUCCUACUUCUCGCUGCCACGCUCCUUCAAGCACGUGCACCGGCGGGGCGGCAGCAGGCCGGCGGGGGCAGCCGAGGAGGGCAGCCCUCAGCCCCGCAUCGCGCUCGGCUCCAGCCGCCUCCUGUACGCGGCCGAGGACUCGUCCUCCUCCACCAGCAGCGACAGCCUGGGCGGCGGCGGCGGCCCCGAGGGCGGCCCCCCGCCUCAGGCGCAGCCCCCGCGCAAGGUGGACACGGCCGUGCAGACCAAGGGCCGCCUGGCGCGCCCCACGCGGCUGUCGCUGGGUGGCCCCAAGGCCAGCACCCUGCCGCGAGCCCGGGAGCAGCCCCCGGUGCUGCUGCCCCCGGAGCCCAAGAGCCCCGGCGAGUACGUGAAUAUCGAGUUCAUCGCCGGCGACAAGCCGCCCUUCCCCGCGGCUGCCCUGAGUAUGGCCCUGCCGCCGCCGGGCAGCGAGGCCGCCGAGGAGUACAUGAACAUGGAGCCGGGCCCGCCGCGGGCCCCCUGCCCGCCC